GCCUUGCGCACGGACAUGCUCACCUUCCAACAUCCGUAAAUUACUCUUGGCAGAAUCGAAUGCUUACCUAAGACGUAUCUUUUACAAACGAACAUCGCACUGCAGUGGCCGGCUUUGAAGGAUUGUCUCUCCCUCGAUGCCGUCAGUGCUAUGGCAACAGCGGUCGCUAGAGGCUGUUUGGAAAACGUUCAGCAAAAAGUGGUAUACGUUCGAUAUAUUCUAGCAUGUUAUUAAACGAAAUCUCUCUAUUCUCCACCUUAGAGCCAUUCUAUGGGUGUAAUCACAGCUUUCACAAUCGAGACGGCAUCGCCGCCUUUUUUGGCCAUACUCGUUUGACGCUAGAUUCCCGUAUAUGUUUACAAUCAACUAAUCCACUGAAUCAGUUUUGAGUGACAAUUCAACGAGGAGUGUUCAAGUUCAUAAAACUCUGUUCACUCAGAAGGCAAGCGCUUUACAGUAGAAUUGUGUUUUCCUACGACUAGAGAAAGACAAAUCGUGUGGAGUUUUCUCAUCACAACAACAUGAGUAUCGACAAACAGAGCGUGCGUAUUCAAACCCUUCGCAAAGAGUUUCAGCGGGUGUACGGCGGUCCGGCAGACUUUGUUGUGCGCGCUCCAGGCCGAGUCAACAUCAUCGGCGAACACAUAGAUUACUGCGGGUAUGGGGUCUUCCCUAUGGCUGUCGAGCAGGACAUACUCGUGGCUGCGGAAAAAACGGAUUCGAAUACUAUCGAAUUGAAAAAUAUGGAAUCAAGGUACCCCGAUUUUAGCUGCUCUUUAAAUGACAUAACUAUCAAUUCAUCUUUGCCUUGCUGGUUCGACUAUUUCCUGUGCGGGGUUAAGAUAAUCCAGGAACGAUUUCCUAAGACCCCGUUUCCUGGCGUUCGUUUCUUGAUUCAAGGUUCUGUGCCGCCAGCGGCGGGACUAAGUUCUAGCAGUGCUUUGGUUUGUUCCGCUGCCUUGGCAACAAUGAACGCAAUCGGAGAAGAUCUUCCCCGCACUGAGCUAGCAUCAUUAUGUGCGAAGUGUGAAUGCUAUGUGGGGGUCGAGGGUGGAGGAAUGGAUCAAGCAAUCUGCCUUCUAGCGGAAAAGGGCUCCGCAAAACUCAUCGAAUUCGAGCCCAGGCUUACAGCUCAAACCGUCCAACUGCCCUCUACUGCAGUAUUUGUGGUAGCCAAUAGCCGUGUCGAGAUCAACAAGGGAAACACUUCGAAUUAUAAUACCCGAGUGGUCGAGUGCAGAUUAGCUGCUCAGCUCAUUUUAAAAGAGAGUGGUGAGGAAUGGAAAAAGCGAGUUCGGUUAUACGAUGUCCAGAAAUGCCUAAAUCUUUCGCUGGUGGAGUGUGCAGAGCUGGUGCAGAAGAUCCUUCAUGUUGAACCCUAUUCGCUGGAGGAACUUUGUAGCAUAUUCUGCAUGUCUAAGGACGAGUUUAAGUUGUGGGCAUUGUCAGAGAAAACUAUGAAUCUUACCAAUUUUCAACUUCACAACAGGGCUCUUCACGUCUAUCAGGAAGCUCACAGAGUAUAUCAAUUCAAACAAGUUUGCGAGGCUGGUGACGUGAACCGUAUGGGAGAGCUGAUGUCGCAAAGUCAUGCCAGCUGUCGGGACCUCUAUGAGUGCUCUCAUCCUCUACUCGACAAGCUUGUUGCAAUCUGCUCUCAGAAUGGAGCUCUCGGAUCGAGGCUUACCGGGGCGGGGUGGGGGGGAUGUUCUGUGACUCUAGCGACAGCAUCGAAAGUACCACUGAUCGUCGCUGCUCUUGAAAAACACUUCUACAAGCCACGAGGCCUGGCUACCCAAGAAAAUGUUUUCGUAUCGACUCCGGCGGCCUGUGGCAGAAUCUUUACGUAAAAAGUGCUGUCGCAGAAUGUUAUUUAAAUAUCAUAAUUACAUAAGUAAUUCUGACUUCGCGCUAUCCUUUAAUGUCAAGCAUAAUUGAGCCAUUCUUGAUAACAUGUUUCUAGGGUUUAGAAACUUGUUUACUAUACGGCAGUCGGCACAAGUUAUAACCACAUCGUGGAGUGUAUAAUAAUAAUAUAAAAGAUUAAUGUUAACUAAAUAUUCAGUAUUACUGCCCAACAGACCCAUCGUAGCUUCAAUCAAAAUUGACAACCAUAUCGGUAUUAUACAUACAGACGAUGGGUCUCGGCAUUACGGAAGUAUUGUAGAAAGACAGAAAUUCAAAAAGAUCAAGGUUUUCAUGGCUCGUCGUAAUUUUUUUAUUACGGGGUCAUAUUCGUCGCGGAAGUGUGCGGAUCUUUAUAUAAUAAAUCGCAUAACUUGGAACGGGGUUGCAUGUGCAUCUCCACCGAAAAUUUUUUAUAUUUAAUAACGUAGUGAAUACUUGAAUGUUAUUAUUGAAAGAAAGAUGGGGGUCCUGGAAAUGUAUGGCGUUAUAGAAGGAGUCGAAUAUUGUUCAAUGCGUACCUCGUAGAGUUCGCGAUUUCAUAUGACUGUAUCACCAACAUCUAUAAAUGUUUGUUACAUUGCGUCGUAAAAACCUGUUAUUUGAUUUCUAUCGUUAAAUCAGUAUAUGUUCAAUUUCAAAUUUCAGUGUAUUAUAUACCUGCGGAACCGUACACUAGAGCAAAACUAAGCUAUACCAGUAGGAAAAAAUGCAAUGCUUUGGUAGAGUUAUGGUCUUGAAUAGAAAAAGUUGACCUAAGAUUUUUAUUUAAAGAAAACACCAUUU